UUCAGUGAUAUGAAUUUACACCAUAUACUAUAUAAAACUAGAAUGACACUUUGGAUUCAGUUGACCGUUUUUCCUUACAGGCAGCUUAAACGAUGACUGCAAUGCAUCAUUCGUUCUGAGCCUUUUACACCAUGUAUCCUCUGUUUGCACUUUCAAAGUCCCAUAAGAAUUCUUUGAAAUCUUUGUCAUCCGCAGAACAAGUUGUAGCAUUUUAGUAAUAACGCUGCUAAAUUGCUGAGCCUAAUCAAGCGAGAUCAAAGCAUUUUAAUUGACGUGGCAGAGCGUCAUAGUGUGGGCGUGGUUUAGCAAUGUCAACAUCCUGGUGACAUAACCGCUCUCUCCAAAAUGGCGACGGUGGAUCACAGGGAAGCAGGUCAGGACGACCCAGAGAGUGAAGAGGAGGUUUAUGAGGUUGUGGACCUGACAGAAUAUGCCCGGCGGCACCAGUGGUGGAGUAGGGUGUUUGGGAGCAACUCCGGCCCGAUUGCUGAGAAGUAUUCUGUGGCCACCCAGAUCGCGAUGGGAGGGGUAACUGGAUGGUGUGCUGGUUACCUCUUCCAGCGGGUUGGGAAGAUAGCUGCUACUGCUGUUGGAGGAGGGUUUCUUCUUUUACAGAUCGCCAAUCAUAGUGGCUACGUGCAGGUGGAUUGGAAGAAGGUGGAGAAGGAUGUGAACAAAGCAAAGAAGCACCUGAAGAAGAAAGCAAACAAAGCCGCCCCUGAAAUAAACACAUUCAUUGAGGAGGUAAAGGCCACGGACUUUAUAAAAAGGAACAUCGUCUUGUCCAGUGGGUUCGUCGGUGGCUUCUUUCUGGGUUUGGCCUCCUAAAGCCGCUGCAGCCUCAACUUACUGUGAAUCACAUCUCUACAUAGGUCCCUUUCCUCUCCAUUGUUUACCUCUCAGCCCCAUAUGUGCAUUGAUUUACCUUUUAACGAACCGAACGUUGGGGGAGCUAUGUUGAACAUUAAAGCAUGAUCUGUUGUGACAGUGGUAUUAACUGUGUUCUACUCCCCCUGUUUUACACAAUCCCAUCUACUUAUUUCCUUUUUGGAGGAUUUUGUGCACAUCUGUGUGUGUGUGUUGGUUGAGUAGGGAAUUGGAGUGGACUAUCCUGUGAAGACUUUCUUCUGUGGGACCCAUGAUGGAUCUUUGCCAGAGUGCUGAACAUGUCAAGCUGCCACAAAUUCCUUGUUGCUUUUAAAACUCUGAUCGGAGUCUAUAUUGUCCAUCCCGUCAUGAAUUUGCGUGGUGGACACUGGUCUCAGAUUGUUAUAAAUUUGUGUGUCUGUGUGUGUAACUUUAACCCCUUUUCAGAAUUGUAAAUAUCCACACAAGGGUAAAUGUUAUAUAAACACGGAAGGCAGCAGAGUGGGAAGUUACCACCAUCCCCCAGUCUAGUACAUUUUUAAAGUAGCUGUGGAGUUUAUGUGCAAUUUAAGCAUUUAAGCUAACCAUUUAGUCACACACUGGCUCGGGGUUUAAGUUAUUUUCCCACUCUGAAUUUAUAUAUAUAUACUGUAUAUAACACAUAUCAUGAGCAGAAAUUACAACUAAAUGUUACUCUGCGAUUGUUCUUACUUCACACCCCUACAAAAAAGGGAUUAUUAGAGAUCCUUUAUUUCCAUAAUCCUCAAUCCCACUGCCCUUUAAUGACGGGAUGGGCAUCUUCUGUACCCUAAUUACCACCGUCACGAGCUAGACAGCAAACGUGAAACCAGCCCCGUCGUUAAAGAGCAUAAUGGAGCAGCUAUUGUCAUUGUGCAUUUAGUAGAGUCACUGUAGCAAUACCACAACAGCAACGCUGCCGAGUCGAGCACACUCACGUUAUCUAGGUAGGACAUCCAUACAAAGGAGUCCAAUUAAGUUAAUUAUUUUGUUUUCUGCCUUUUUCUACCAGUGCAAUAUACAGCAAUGUUACAGGCAGCUUAUUUCUCCAAUUGCCAUUCAUUUUUUAUGCUAAUUAUACUAUGUUGAAUAUGUCAUUUUGUUUUCUGAGCUAUUUAUGAAUUCGGUUGGGUGUCUUAAAAUAAAGUUGCCUGAUUUUGUUUUGAA